GAGCGGUCGCCCAGGUGGACCGACUGCCGUCGACGAAGACUGCAGCGGCUGGCUCGCUCCGAGGUGCGCGGCGCGGAGCAGCGUCUUGUUUUUCCCUCUGCCGAGUUUGUGUGCGAGUGAGUGAGUGCGCGUGUGUGUGCCGAGCAUAAGCGGCGUGCGCGCGGUGUCGUCCGCGUCGUCGCCAGCGCAUCGUGUGGAGAUCUGGGGCGCCCGGUGGCUUCGGCGUCGAGUGGCCAGCGAGCUGCCGUGCGCCGCGGCGAUGCUGCGGACAGCAGCGACGGCGGAAGCAGUCCGGCCAUGACUCCGGAGCCCGCCUCCAUGGCGCAGGAUCAGCAGGAACCGGCGGCUCCGCCGCGCACAGCCAGCCGGACCAGCGGCAACCUCAAACGAGUGUCGUUCGGCAGCCUCAAGGGCUCCAUGGUGGAGACGCUCGUGUACCAGGACCAAGGACCCGCCCAUGAACUGGCACCACUUCUCAAUGGGAGGGGCGAGGAGGAGGAGGCGUGGCGCGUGCGAGUGACCCUGUACGAGGCCCAGCGACCGCACCUGGUCUCGACGCCGGAGUCGCCCGUCGGGCCAGACCAGCUCCCCCUGUUGGCCCACUCCGCCGCCAACAUGGCCAGCCAACCGGACGGAUAUGUCAGGCAGCAGAGCACUGAAAGCGGCCUGGACAACCCAUUCCGGCCCGAUGGCGAGCUGAGCCGGGAGGCGGACACCAUCGUGAGCCUGAUCAAGGAGGGCAAGCCCAUCACGCCAGUCAAGGGCGAGCCGGACGGCUUCUUCACCUCCCAGCUAGACGGCUCCGUCACCCACUCGUCCCCGCAGCAGAACCAGCAGCUGCAGGCCAACGGCGAGUCCAAGAUCUCGCCCGCCAAGGCGCCGGCGCCCGUGGCAGCCGACAGGCCCGGGACGAACGGGUCCGCCGCGCCGCCGGGCGUCAAGAAGGGCGUCGUCGAGGUGCAACAUGGCAUCGUGGUGCCGCCCUCGGACUCCUCCACCGUGGAGCAGGUGAUGAUCAAGAAGAAGCCAAAGUGCAAGUGCUGCGUCAUCCAGUAGGCGCCGUUGGGUUGUGGACACUGUGCCGGCGGGCGCCGACUGCUGCUUCGCUCUGUGCCUCUACAUGGGUGUCUCUCUCUCUCCUAUCUCUGUCGCGCUGUCUUUGGCUUCGUCGAUUUUUUUUAAAUAUUUUUUUUAUUUAUUAAUCCCGUAGCUGAAGCUGUUGAGCAGCCGAUGGACUAGGGCGGUCCCUGCGGGCCGCGCCGACCAAGCGGGAGGUGAUGAUGUCGUCGCCGUCGUCGUCAAAGUGAAAAUGCGUCGUGUUUUUGCGAUCCGAGCGUGCCUUUGACCACCGCCACUCCUCCAAGCUUGUGCGAGGAGCAAGGGCUCUUCUCCCAGUGAAUAUCCGAACCCCGGUUAUGUUCCCGAGUGUGCGACGCCGCAGUCGGUAUGCGUGGCUUUGUCAACCGUGAUUCCGGUGACACAUUUUCGCGAGCGGUCGAGGGCGUAGCUGAACGCUGGGUUUAACUUUUGCGAAGUCUUACGGCUAGUUCUGGCUUGGCGAUUGCGCGGAGACAGACAUUUCGCGAAUGUCCGCCAAUACGGACACGAGAGGCGCUGCCGUUUCCCCUUUCUGCGAGGCAUACGCGGAAGUCCCGAGCUCGUGGUUCUUGAGGUGGUUCGCCUGCACGCACAUGUCGUUGUGCCGACAGUCCUGGUCGAAAGCUGAGUCUUGUGAUUUUGGCACGGAUGUGACGGUUCGUGGACAACUUGAGAUGCUCCCUCGGGAGGGUUUUCUUUUUUUUUUUCGAUCGCUGCUGAAUUUAGUCCCGCGAAGCCUCGCUGGUACCUUGAGACAUCGUUGUCUUACGUGAGCGUAAUACGAAACCAUGUUCACUCCAUGAUUUAUGCCGAUGCAUUGACGGCUUAUCACGAAGUUUGAUUAUCUUACGUGGUGCUUCCCUCUUGCGGGACACUGCGCCGCGCCCUCACGAUAUCAUAACGAAGCAGAUAGCAGCUGCCGCUAAGCAGGCCGUGACGAAACCGCGUAUAGUACAAGGUGUGUGUGUCUUCGGCACCUUAUGAGAAAGCCCACGUCCAAAGUACGAAUCUUGAGCCUCCGUUCUGCAACGCCGACGGGAAGAACGCUGGUGCGGCGCCCCGGAACGAAGCAAACGGCGGACAGAACCGGUGACCGCCAAGGUCAGAGGGGCCGCGCGAUCAUAAUCGUCCGAAUCGUCGUUCAGCACAAGCCAAGGGGGGACCAGGCUCGGUACUGGCUAUUUAGUUCGCGCGCGGCAAGGCGUGAGCCGACCUGGAAAGGUCUUUUGGGACUUCAAACUCAGUGGGCGCCGCCGUAGGCGAGGCACGGGAGCAGAGAGGAGCGGACGACGAACAUACCCUCUCAGUCUUGUACUGUAUGGGGCUGCGUGGCUUUGCAUGUCGUAGCCCCGGCUCGACGCCUUGUUUCGGAUUUCGUCGGCAGAGAGGACUCGGGCCAGGCCACGACUGCCGUGUGAUAUAUGCAGUUCUUCCGCCCGCCCAUUGCUUUCUCGUGCCCCAACGUGAAUUUCAAGAGCCGGGCAACCUCGACACGCGAUGUGUUUAUUCUACGCGUCGUCGAAAGCGACAUGCGCGCGACGUGUACGUAUGUAUUACCUUUAUUUUAGAGACGGAGAGGGCCGUGGGUUGCCAACUAAAGUCGCUGGACACUGGAAAGUCGAGGGAGUUCGAUCCCCGUGCCGACGCGGAGAAGCGUCGAAAUGUGCACCGUGUGUAUGGCGGGCGCCAGAGAGUUCCUUCGGAGGAACGCGCCAGUAUUAAGCGCUGAAUGGCUUCCCGUUGUAUUCGUGAAAAAAAAAAAAGAAAGAGACGCCGCACUUCGAUUAUGGGUGAAGACUACCUUGCUAGAGCUUUCCUUCGGGCUGCAAAAAUGUUCAACCUGCUUCCGAAGCAAAGUGUUCCUUUCUUGGUGGGAAUGGGAGCCGCGCUUGGAAAUGUAGCAGCUAGUUGUAACACGCGCCCUGAGUUGACAACCCUGUUGCCGAAGCAGGCGCGCGAUGUCGCGGCAGCUCUUCGUUGUUGCUGAGCAGACGCUGUCGUCGCAAGAUGUACCCUCGCAACCCGUCGACUUAAUAGAGCUAGCGUCGGCCUAGCAAUCGCUCCCCCCGCCAUGUUUCGAGCGCAGUCCCCGAAAUCUAUAUACAUCGUGUACCGCCGGGACAGCUACACGUAGCACGCGGCGGAACCUCGCGCUACUUUCCAGUGCCUAGCGACUUUACUGCCAACUGACCCUCCCUCAAGACUCGCGCAUCACCGUCUAGCGCGUAUAUGCGACGUGGAACACACAGACACAGUUAAUAUAUUUUGUCCUGCUUUGCGUGUUACCGUAGGUGUAAAUAAGGCAGCACACAUUAUGUCGGGCACCAUCCCCUCCUGGCCACUCCCCAUUUCCCCGUGUUCUAGUUUUCUCUUGCUUCCUCCAUCUUGAGCCCGCGUGCAGUACAUACUGCGCUGGCACAUGGAACAUAAAGGGCACGGCUACGCUAGCGGAAUGACGCGCGCCGAGUGUGUUCGGCGAAAGAGCGCAGUCGCGUCGGAAGGGCCGCCUCGUUUAGUCGCGUGACUGGGCGAACAUCCCGCCUGCGCAAGCGGCCCGGUGUGCAUUCAACUGCUCCCUGCGCUUUUCUUACGAUUCCAACGAAAGCGAUGCGGCAUCGAUGCAGAAGUUGUAUUCCUUACGAACGGCCCGGUAAAAGCAUCGCUGUGGUACGGCGCAGCGGGCAUUGGCUGUGACUCUCGACGGAGUGUAGAGAGAGGGCGGUAUCGUUCCUCGCGCCGUUCGGCCACAGGUGAGGGAAUCGACCGCACCUCGUCGGUCUCCGCCAUUGGCGGCGCGUCGCACACCGCCGCUCAGCGGCAGGUGAACGUUGCCGCGCGCGCGUUUUUUCGCGAGUGUGACCGUUCCUGUAAUAUUACGGGCUCCGCGGCCAUCAUGCAUUGUAGCAGACACGGUGGCAGAGUGUACAAAGGUGUUUCCUUCUCUCCCUCGGCUUCCCUUCCUCCUGUAGGUUCCAUUAUUGCAAAUGUCUACAACGUCCUUGAUGCCCUCUUUUUCGUCUUUCCUUUUUUGUUCUAUACCGUUUCCCCCGUUGGCUGUUUUUAGUCGCACUUUUAAAAGGAGUUGUUUUCGUCGAGAUGGCCCGUCGUAGGACGCCGCACAUGGGCGCGCCCCUGACGUGUGGCAACGUGCCUGUUCCAGUCGCGCCGGCUUGUAUACGUGCAGUCUAUUUUAAUUUAAAGCUCUCAGCGUAUGCUCUGAGAGAAAUAGAAUAUUAUUUUUUAAAUUAUACCUCGCCCGUGUGAUUUUAAUGUUGCAGCUUUAUUUCUUUAACUUUCGACGACGCGUGGCGUUAGAGCCACUCCACAGACGAGUUGUAGGCCUACGCACGAGCUCGGCAUAUAACGAACGUGCAGCUAAGCGCCAUUGUGUGCAACCGUGGUAACGUUCUCGUGUUAGCUUCCCGGUGUAUUUCGGGCGGUCGCACUCGCCUAGACAGUCCAUAAAGUCACCAUCAAAUUUUGCUUUCUGUGGUAACGACAGAAAUUCUUGCAUUUUGAAACGUACCGCUGUCAUUGCGAAAUAUAUCCUUGUUGAGCAGCAAAUAAUAUUGGAACGUGAUGUCACGAGAAAAUCAGUUUUGUUCUAGCGAGAGCAAUUCUUAAGUAUGAUGUCUUGUCGUGACAGAUCUAUUUUAUUCUCGGCAAGAUAUCGCGCUUACAGCAGCUAUUCUCGUCGUAUUUUGGGACGUCUCCUGUUGUAAUUUUCAUUCGGGUGUCGAACACGAAAUGGUUUUUAUGUUGCCUAGCUGAAGAACGUGACGUCACGAACAUGCGGCGACGUUUUUCUAACCAGACGAGAGGGCUGUCCCCAGUUAGAGGGCUUUCGUGAGCGAUCACGUGACCAUGAUUGGUGCACUUAGGAUGAGUUCGAACGGCAUCUGUUUUCUCCCAACAUAGGGACACUCUUUUCUUUUUCACAAGCUUUCCGCUGUAAAUUAUUGCCUAAAGUGAUGAGUAGCGAAAAGUAAGCGGCGAGCCCGUGCAUGCGUUCCUUGCGCUUUUUGUUUGUGAAGGAUGUUUCGUCAUUAGCCAGCGACUGUCUGAACCGCUUCUGUGAUUACGGACCUCGGGCCCGCGCCCUUCAAGGCUGCCUUUUUGUUACCCCGCGUGGCGGCGCUUCGUUUACCUAGAAGUCGUCUUUAGAUCUGCGCUAUCCGCGGGUUGCCAGUUUGCAUCACCCGAACCCGUUUGACACCUUUCGCGGUUAUUCAAUUCCUGCGGUAUCAAGUCGUAGCCUGCAGGCCGUUCGACGUCGUUACGUUUCGGUCGCCGUGUGUAUAGGUUGGACACGUUUUUUUUUUUUUUUUCUUUUCCUGAUGAGACCUACAUCCUUGUCCGAUGCUUUUACCGGAAGCAGCUCGCAGGGGCCCAUCAGCUGUGUCCAGCAAUAACGCAAUGCUGCCAGUUGGAGCGGAACUCACUUCACGAUUUUCGGUUAUCUCCUGCGACCAGUUUUCGGAAGUCGUCGGAUGUGGCGCCCCCUGUAAGCUGACAUCGGCUAGAAGUUGCACACUGGCGGUAACGAUCGACGGCGACUAGAUGCAUCUGUCCACGAGUACAGUGACAGUUCUGCCUCCUCUAGAGUCUGGGUCAGAGUGCCAGUCUUGGUUACGGGAACUGUGAAGGGGCCUCGUGACGAAGUCACUUUACGUUCAAAUCGCUUGGUCGCGAACGAUGAACCGCUUGGUAACUCCAAAGCUUCGCGCUGCUGCAAGGGCACAUGUUGGCAUGCACCUUUGUCUCGUAUCCUCCGCAGUUAUGAAGACUCCCCCCCCCUAUUGCAAAGUUGGUUUUCAUUGCACCGAAGCGCGCGUUUGUUGAUGAGUCCCAGACUCGUGAGUCGCAGCUGUAGUUCCACGCAGUGUAAUUAUACUCGCGGACAACUCUGUGGCGAUGAAUGGAAAGCUACGAUGGGCACAGCGCGCACAAGCAAGAGUGCCCCUGAACAAAGUCCGACAAUCUCAUCCGCGUUAGCUUAAGCUGUGGGAGAGAAGCAUAAUCAUCUUAUUUACAACAGGAAAGUGAGGCAAAAUAUACCACUGACUGUAAAAUUUGAGUUAUUUCUCGCUUUUAUUCUUCUCUCUGCUUUUUUUUUUUUUGCUUCCGCAUUCGGGCAAAUGCGGAACUGUCGCACGAGGUAGCUACGCUGAUUCAUGUGAAAUUCUCGCUUUUAUUCUCUUUUGUGCAUUUUUUUUUUUUUUUUUUGCUUCCGCGUUUGGGCAAAUGCGAAACUGUCGCACGAGGUAGCUACGCUGAUUCAGUAUACGUCCGAAGGGAUCAAGAGCGCUGUGAAACGCCGCCGGAAUACUUGGCCCAGUAGCAGGUGCAGAAGCUCCGCCCCCGCGGCUUUCCCUUCUUCAGCACAGAAAGUUGUCCGCGAGCGUCGCUGCCGAGUGCGCCGUUAGAGGUCAGCCUCCGGUCCAAGCUUGCUUGCGUAGCAGCCUGACGACGACUAUGUGCCGUGUUUUCCGCCGGUGUCUUUGGUGUUACCGAACCGGCUUACGGUGACGUGUGGGCUUCAUAGCCCAACGCAUAUUUUUUUUCUGUCGUAAAAUCUGUGUGAUUGUGCGUUUGGCUUAUAGGGAGACUGGCGAGUGUCAGAAGUGCACGCAAUCUUGCAAAGGUACCGUACGAGAGGGUCUUUAGAGAUGUGAGAACAUGCGUGUCGGUUUUGUACGUCCAGACUUGUCGGUUUAAGACAUGGUGGGACACAAGCUGUGGAUUGUGAUGUCAGUGAUUUGUAUGUACAGCGUAGAUGACAACGGGAACGUGUAGAUUACUCUGUGUAUUGACAAGGGCUGUGCCCGCUUCACAAUUGGACAGUGCUUUUCCAGCGUCAUUUGGUUUGUUCCGUCAGAUCUCCUUGACACAUCUUUUCAGCCGUCCUUUCAAAUGGGAAGGGGGCGAAGUGUGUGAACGUAAUUGAUAGCGUCGUUCUCGCUGUCCUGCUCUUGCAACACGAUCACGGCAAAGACUUAGAUACAGCCUUUGUCGAAAGAAGCGAAGCCGUGUACGCACAACUAGGGCCGAUACUGACACGUCUAGUUGACGCUAGAUUGCAUCUGCACUGCUCAAAAGCUCUGGAGAGAAAGGUGAACUCUCUACCCUCCACAACAUCCUAUCGCCAGAAGUUCCAGAGGCGCAACACGGCACAUUAAGGAAUCGACAACAUCUAUGGUCCUGCCGGCUUCGUUUCUUUUGACGAACGCUGUACACAUAUCGUUUUCUGGUGAUCAAAGAGAUGUCGGAAUUAGUCGUUACCGCAGACUGUUCGCGUCAGUGGUAUCAAAUAGAACAACUCGCCUCUGGCGUUCACCCAGCUCGCCACUGGAAAGCCGUGACAAGACGGUUGUCAGAUGUUCUAAAUAUGGGAAAGCACCAUGUUUGCCGAACAAUCAUCGUAAGCGCAUGUUCCAAGAAGUUCUACCCAAUCGGCUAAUCGUUAUCUCGCCACUUACGUACCACCAGGUUGGUUAGGCGUUCGUUGUUGAAUCCUUUCAUUGCAGUACCCGUUGCUUUUAAACGUGAGGUACUACGGUAAAGCCUCCUUAAACGGAAACACGAUGAAACUGUAACAUGGUUAAGAAAAUGCGGUGGUUGACUGCAAUACCACAGAUGCACCGAAAACACGCUCUAAGCGCAUGAUUUGUCAUUGCUACUAAUUUUUCUGCGACUGAGGCUUACCGUGUGACCAAAGUCACGGAGGUCCAGCCUCGCAAGUUACGUAUGGUCUCGUACGUCGCUGCGUGUUUUUUUUUUUUUCGUUUGCUCUUUUAUUUCUUAAACAGGGAGAUCGUUUACGUUCCUCGUUCCUCUCCCUCUCCCUCUGCCUUGCGCACACUACGGUGCAUGUGCACGAGCCUCCGCGAGGCAGUGGAAGUGGCUAGCGAGGCGUAAACGGCGAUUUCAAGUGAAACUGUCUGAACAGCGCCGCAUGUUCUGUGUGCGCUGUGUGAGACCAUGUGGCGCUGCGGUGGUACCACGUGCGCAGCAACACGCUGUGUAUGUAUGCCGACGUGGCAGGGAGAGCGCAAUGUUGCGGCUCGACGAUGGGCCAGCGAUUGUACAAAAACUUGAGACGGGCCCUUAUGUAGGCUGGUCUGAAUAAAAAUGUGCACCUGCAGAUGAAA